AUGUAUUUUACGAUAAUUAUUCUACUUUUUACAAUUUUGGAUACACGAAUAUCUGGAGCUGAGAAUGUGUCAACAUUGUUAUUGACAAAUACGAAUGCCCACAAUCCUGGUAUCCAUAUGAGAUUAAUGUCCUCUGGUCUUGCAUAUCUACGUGAAAUAGGCAUGAAAAUUGUGAAUGAUGAAAUAUUGCGAAUUCAAUUACCAACCAUUACGGAAGUUAUUGAAGCUGGUCAGGUUUCGAUAUAUGAUUCAUAUGUUUCAAAAUACUGGUCACCAUCAGAUUAUAGUCUGGAAUUGUCACCACCAGACAUGUUUACAUGGUCAAUGGCUAAAAUGCACAUUAGAGCAGGAGGCGAAUUUCAAGCAAUAUUCACUGGGCCAUUUUUAAUUCCAGCAGUACCAAUUCGUGGACAAUUCGAAACUUUAUUCGGUCAUGUAAGCUUAACAAUAGCUGUCAGACUAGCCAGAACACGAGCUGGUGCUCCAAUGGUACAAUCAACGUAUUGCCAUGCUGAUGUUGGCUAUGUUGAUUUAAAUGUUCGAAACACUGGUGUUAUCACAGAUUUCUUCAUCAAUACAUUUAAAACUUUCAUAAUUGCUCACUUCAAACCGAUUGUAGAGGAUCGUAUAUGUCAAAUGAUAAAGAAUAUGAUUAAUAAAGAUAUGAAUUACAUAUUAGCAACAAUGCCUCUUCAGAUACCUAUUAAUAAAAAUUCAGUGGAUAUAUUUGGGAUAUCUUUUAAUUUACCAACAAGAAAGCCGCUUAGCAGGUUUGGCGAAAUUGGUGCUAAAAAUAUUACUUUAUUAAAUAUUGUUAAUCAUUUACGACAGAAAAGUCUUAUUUUGGAUUAUCGACUCAUUCGUGACCCACUUAUCGCAUAUGGAACUAUUGAAAUGCUAUCACGGGGUGAAAUUUCUUG